AUGGCGACAAGCAGCCAUGCAACCACUGCAGAUGAGGUGAAAGCGGCUGUCGUUCACGACCUCGACGGUCAGAGCCGAAUCUGCAGCCUCCACGAUCUUCUCAAGCUCCUUGGCCACCCCUUGACUGACUCAGAGGUUGACGAGGUCCUCGGUUCUCUUUCGGACCACUAUACCCAGCAAACAGGCUGGAAAGGCCUUCCUGAGAAAGCGGUCCGAAAAGUCAACGAGCGCGCACCUGAAUCACCAAUUAUACCGUCCACAUGGCUGGAUUGUCACUCUUCAGCUCCCAAGUCGAAUGUUGAAGGCGCGAGCAAGAUACGCCCAGAUCUUCUCAGUGCUAUUCUCAAUCCGGGGGACAAUGUCGAGGACCUGGCAGCAAGCUUCAAGGUGCGUGAUCCGUCUCCUGGUGUCAAGGCCGUGGCGGCAACCGGUUCUGUGCAGGAGCUGCAUGACACUGAGGAUGAUGAAGAAAACGACAACACAAACGACUCGGAUAAACCAAACCCAAAGCGACAAAAGACAGAAGGCGGAGAAACUGAGGAGGUCCAGGACCCCCAGCAGACCGACGCACAGAAUGGAUCCGAUGCUCAGGCCGCACCGCAGCCACAGGUCCAGCCCACCGAGUCGCAGGCCGCACCGCAGCCACAGGCCCAGCCCACCGAGUCGCAGGCCGCACCGCAGCCACAGGCCCAGCCCACCGAGUCGCAGGCCCCACCCAAGCCAAUCGCCUCAUGGCUCAGGACUCUCCUGGUCGCUGAAGUCAAACCAAACCGGGACGACGACUGGGACUCUGUCAUCCAACUAUCCACCUAUCUUCGACAAAUUCUUCGAGAGCAGCAUGAUCGCCGCUUCGUCUCUGGCAUCGUUAUCUUCCACCGUUCGUUGUCCCUCUGGUACUGCGAUCGGUCAGGACUCCUCGGUGCUGACCAGACGGUCGACAUCGACAAGGAUCCCAAGACCUUUGUUCGCAUCAUGGCCAGUUUUGCAACCAUGAAUCCGGAACGUUUGGGGUUUGACCCUGCCAUGAAGAUGCUUGUUCCGAACCGCCCGCCUACCUACAGCUAUCGACUUCCUUUCCAUGAGGUGCCAAAGCACCGACAUUCACUGCGUUGGGAAAUAGUCAUCAACAAAAAUAUUUACCACACAGUCGAGCCGCUGAGUGUAGCUCGAUCAGAAAUCAUGUGUGGUCGCGCUACGCUUGUGUGGAGAGCGUUUCGACUGAGCGAUUAUACCAAUGAGCCCAAUACCAAAGACUUGAAGCUAUACAUCAUCAAGCAAUCAUGGCGACCGAACGUGGGUGGCGCUGCUGAACUUGAACUCUAUAGCCGUUUGGGGGAUUUUGGUGGCAGGAGGAAGGAUCCUGUGUGCCAUGGCGAAGAUGUUGAAGGAUCCAAUACCCAGAAGGACUUCCGCCGCGGUAUUCACACAGAACCGGCUAAAGAUAUCGUGGGGAAAGGCUCAAAGGGCGGGGCACAGCAAAGGACACUGUCAGAGCCCCGCGACGAGCACAACCUUGUCCACAAUACCUUUUCAGCGAAAAACCCUCCCAAGAUUGCGCAAGAGUUCAUGGAACGAGUUCAAUGUCGGCUCGUCAUCCCUGUGAAUGGCACAGCAAUCAAGAUGUUUACGAGUCUGAAGGAAUUGGUAGAAGCCUUGCUUGAUGCAGUGAAAGAAUACGAAUGGGCAUAUUAUCAGAAGGGCAUUUGCCAUCGCGACAUCAGUAUCGGCAACAUCGUUAUGGAAAUCCUCGAGCGCAAAGGAAGCCUGAUUGACUUUGAUCAUGCGAAGGAUCUUGGCCCCAACUACACACCAAGGAGGGUCUCGUCGCUGCGGGAGGAGCUGCGCGAAUAUUUGGCUGAAUUCCGCAAAUACCACCCUCAGUCGGAGGUUUCAGAUAACCUCGCACUUGUGAUCCUCUAUCUCCAUCGAUCAACCUUCCCACAUGUUGCUGCGGUUGAGGCUACUAGCCUGUAUAACCGUGUACCUCUGUUCCGAUGGCGCAUCGCCGAACAGGCCACUCGAACUAUCAGACAUGCUUCCAGGGCUGCAGAACGAUAUUUUUCUGAACGCACGGCAAUACAUGCCGUGGCGACUGGCACUGUCGCGUUCAUGAGCCAUAAAUUGCUUCGCGAUGACGACGAAACCCACAGCGCAAUACACGACAUGGAGUCGUUAUUUUGGGUUGUGGUCUUCCUCUGCCUGACCCGUGAAGGGCCCGGCGGAAAACGGCGCCCGGAGCCCAAGGAUGAUGUCAAAGGUGACGAGCUCUACGAAGGUUCUCUUCGACGCUAUUAUCUCUUCGAGGCCCCAAAGGAAGAGAUUCGGAAGAUAAAAUCUAUUAUGUUUUCUAUGACUAUUCGCGACAAGAUGCCGCGAGUGUUGGAGGACCAUAUAUUCCCCUGGUUCCACCCCUUCUUCAAACCUCUCCAUGGGCUACUCGCUGAAUGGUGGGCAAUUCUCUGCAGUGGCUUCAACGAGAAGGGAAACAUCCUAUGUCGCCACUACCCUGUUGCCGCGUUUCGCAACGCUUUGGAGAAGACUCGGGACACACUCGAAGAGCCGGACGAGAAACACUUUUCCCUCAUUCAACAACGGACAGAAAUGGCAAGGGUAAAAUCAGCGGCCAUUCAGCUCACUCGAAGUGUCCUUCCUCACCGUACCGGCCGUCAAGGAGCGAAACGGAAGGUAGACACCGUGGAAGGUGUCACAACGCCGCCCAAGGUACAUUCGGAUCUCCCACUAUCCCUCGAUCCAAGUCCCAUGGGUAAGGCCCAUAAAGGAGCCAACUUGCAUCUUCAUGCUCGACGCAAAGGUGAUUGA